UUAUAAUAAAAUAAUGUACUGUCGUCAGGAGAUAAAAAGAACCAGCACACUACCACCACUGUGUUGUCAUGGUCCUAAACCAUUGCCAUACGUUUGGCCUAAAUAUGGCUGUCCCCCUAUACAAGAAUGCCCACCUCUAAUUUGCUGUUAUCCUACUAAUUCGUGCCCACCUUUGGUAUGCGAUUCAACUGGUUCACUGGUCACCAAUACAAGUUGUUCAAAUCGAAUAUCUUAUGAAUUAUUUGGAUUAUGCAUUUAUAUAUGCAGACCACGACCAGAACCACCAUCUCGACCACCUACCCUAUGUAUUGCUGGUCCUUGUCCAGCACUCGCUGGACCAUUCCCUCCGUAUUGUCCAACAUCUCAUUGUCAGAAAAUAAUAUCACCAGCUUCCUGCGUGCGAUAUUGUAUUCGUUCUACGUGUGGAGAAUCCACCUAUGCUCCUUGCUACUCUUCUAAUUUACCAAAAUGUCCUCGUACAGAUUGCUGCUGA